CGGCUGGUAGGGAUCCAGACAUCAUGCAGUCAUCUGUGGGUGGUGUCAAACACACACACACACAUAUUGAGCGACAAAUAACACACACACACACACACACACACAGAGAGAGAGAGUGGUGAAUUCAGGAGGAAGCACAGCUCGAGGUCUAUGGCGAUGAAAAUGGAUUUACAUGCCAUCAUAGAGCAAAUGGAGACUGGAGAGCAGGACGCAGCUUUGGCGGCUCUACAGAGCUACAACAAGGAGAUGAACCAGUGCUUCACAUUCAGCAGUGAAGAAAAGCAGGACAGAGAGCAUCUCGGGGAGUUGGUGCUCGGUUUCCUCAACGGGGAGUUGCAGCCCUCAUGUCAGCUGGCGUGUCUAGAAACAGUUCGCACGCUGACGAGAGACAAACUCUGCCUGAAACCAUUCAUCAGCCGCUCAGCCAUGUCCACUCUUGCCCGCUAUGCUGGCAUCUCCGUGGCCAGUGCUGCUGCUGCUCCAGACCACAGCAAACCCAUGCACGGUGAAGCGGAGGGUGAGGGGGGAGCGACAGAAGGAGAAUCCGGUGAGUCGGCGAAGGAAGCCUCGCGUCCGUCAGAAAACGCCGACCAGGAGGUGAUUGUCGAGGCUCUCAAGUCCUUAUGUAACAUCCUGCUCCACAACGAGACUGGACAGGUGGUCGCAGCAGAUCUGCAGCUGAUAAAGGGAGUUUCCGAAAGGCUGAAGCAGUGUCAUGAUUCCCCCUGGAACCAGGAGGUGCGUUUCUUUGACUUACGCCUCACCUUCCUGCUGACUGCCCUCAGAGUGGACGUCAGGGCUCAGCUCGCUCAGGAACUUCACGGCAUCAGUCUGCUCGGCAACCAGAUGGACGCCACACUGGGUCUGUGUUGGCCAAACACAUUGGAGACGGCCAGGCCAGGAUUCGAGGGUGUCCCGCCUGAGGAGCUACCCCCAUUCAGCCGGGACCAGACAGAACUGGCCAUGGAAAUACUGAAAAUACUGUUCAAUAUCACCUUUGACACAACUAGGCGUAAGGUCGAUGAGGAGGAGGCAGCAGAGUGCCGACAUUUGGGAGCCAUACUGAGACACUGUUUAAUGAGCCGAGCAGAUGGAGAGGAGCGGACGGAGGAGUUCCACGGCCAUACUGUUAACUUGCUUGGUAACCUGCCCCUGCCCUGUCUGGAUGUGCUGUUGCUGCCCAAAGUGCAACAAGGCUCCAUCGAGUACAUGGGGGUCAACAUGGACGCCGUCAACACGCUGCUGGGGUUCAUGGAGAAAAAACUCGACCGGGGCCAUAAACUGAAGGAGACCCUUCUCCCGUCACUGAACCUGCUGACGGAGAGCAGCCGCAUCCACAGAGAGACCCGGAAGUUCCUGAGGUCAAAGGUGCUGCCUCCACUGCGUGACGUGAAGAACAGACCUGAGGUGGGCAGUGCUGUGAGGAACAAACUAGUGCGUCUCAUGACACAUAUUGACACAGACGUGAAGAACUGUGCUGCUGAAUUCCUCUUUGUCCUCUGCAAAGAAAGUGUCUCGAGGUUCAUUAAGUACACCGGGUAUGGUAACGCCGCCGGUCUGCUGGUUGCCAGAGGGCUGCUGAGUGGCGGCAGAGACGCUGGGAUCUACUCUGAAGACGAAGACUCGGAGACGGAGGAGUACAAAGAGGCCAAGGCUCAGAUAAACCCGAUAACAGGAGUAGUAGAAGAAGAGCAGCCCAAUCCCAUGGAGGGAAUGACAGAGGAGCAGAAAGAGUAUGAAGCUAUGAAGCUGCUCAACAUGUUUGACAAACUGUCAAGGAUCAAUGUGAUUAAGCCCAUGCAGCUCAGUAUGGACGGCAGGAUGAGAGAGCUGACUGCAGAGGAUAUGCAAAAACUCAACCACAACCCCACGUUCCCACCAGAGGAGCCAAGCAGUGAUGAGGAGGCUUAGUACAGACUGAGGCGUCGCGGCAGAAACACUUGUGACCCUCGUGACAAUCCCAGCAGAACUGUCUCAUCGUUUGUAACAUUUGCAGUCCGACCUUUUGCUCUUUCUUUACUUUUAGGCGUUGAAGUGUAGACGGUUGUAUAAAAGCUGGAGUACAGCUAGGCUUUCUGUGUGCAAUUCUGUCUACUGCAAAUCCCCGGUGUUUUAUUGCUGAUUAAGAUCCUUCCAAAGAUGCUGUCCAUUUAAUAUAUCCACACACCUCCCCCCAGUUACUGUUACUCAGGGUAAUAAUCCACUCACUUCACCACAGGAAUGACUUAAGAGUAGAAAACAGGACUGCACUCACACUGGAAAAACAACAGAAGUGAACUUGUGUAAGCGUGUGAGCCAAAGAGAUGCUGCUCGGUUGGUGAUGACGGAGUCAGCUGUAUUUUUGAUAGACAGAAAAAAAUUAAAUUGAAGAUUUUUAGUUGCUUUUUUUCCAUAAGGCCUCUCAGAUGUUUUAUUUUUUAGAAGUGAAAUGUGAAACUGCUGACAGAUAGGCUACGUUUUUAAUUUGGGACCGGAAAUGAAAUAUUAUGACGCCGAGAAAGAGUCUGUAACCUGAAAUGCCCCACACAACAGAUUCCUUCUCAUGUAUAUUGUUGUUGUAUAGCUGCCAGCUAUCAUAGGCUGUAAAAUAAUAUAUUAAAGGUGUUUAAAUGA